AAAUUGUUUAGUCAUUUUAUGAAGUUUGAUCGGUACAACACGGACUAAACAAAGAUGGCCGCUCAGUGGGACGCGAAAAAUAAAAACUGUCUAAUCACCGGUGCUGCUGCAGGAUUAGGCGCAGCAUAUGUUGAAGCUUUAUUAAAAGAAGGUGCAAAGAAAGUAGCAGUUGUUGAUAUUGAUGAACAAGCUGGACAAGAAUUAGUCGCUCAAUUAAACGAAACGUAUAACAAUUCAGUUAUAUUUGUCAAAUGCGAUGUCAGCAAAGAACCAGAGAUUGACCAUUGCUUUAAUAUUGUGGUUAAAGAAUUUGGAAAUAUUGACGUUUUGAUAAACAACGCAGGUAUCAUGAGUGACUUGGAAACAACAUGGAGAUUAGCAAGUGAUGUUAAUUAUCAAGGACUAGUGUCGUUCACAAUGAAAGCAGUAAAGCACAUGAGGAAGGACGAAGGAGGCGCUGGCGGUGUCAUAGUCAACAUAGCCUCUACUGCUGGAUUGACUAGAAUAAACACCUUCCCUAUUUACAGCGGAUGUAAAGCAGCUGUUAUUCACUUCUCACAAAAUUUAGCUUUGCCACCGUUCUUCGACGACACAGGCAUAAGAGUGAUGGUACUGUGCCCGGGAGCCACCGCUACCAAACUGGUUCAAGGCCUCGCGAAAAAAGUCGUUGAUAUGAAAAACAGUCAAAUGAUGGAAGAAAUGUUCGGCAAAGUACACAUACAAAGUGUGGAGUCCGCGGUGAUCACAAUGUUGAAGCUAUUAAAGGACGGCAAUAACGGAUCGAUCUGGCUCUCCACUCACGACCGACCACCACACGAACUGACACCGCAGAUUAACAAAUACUUUGAUGAAUUAGAAAAACUAACUUUUUUAAACUAGCUUUCGCCCGCGUCUCUGUCCGCGUGGAAUAAAAUAAAAACAAAAACAUC